CAUAAACUCAUGAGUGGGGAUAUGUGUUCUUCACAGGGGUGAUGGGACAGAAACAGGACAAGGAGCUAGGAAAAGAAGACUUCCUGACCGGUGCCGUUAGUGACUAUGAGAUCUUAAACCAAAGCGAGGAGGAAGCACAUUCCAACAGCCCUGAAGAAAUAGACCAGAAUUUUGUUCACUUGGACACCUCCAUACUAGAGCCCUGUCCCGAUCAGGAACCAACAAGACCUAAUGACAACACCACUGAGCCCUCUUUCAACCAGGGAGAAAAAAAGAUCAGACAUAGUUAUGACACGGAUGUUUUGCAGAAUGGCAGGACACCAAAUCCUCAGCUGAGCCUGGCAGGAGGUCCAUGUGCCUCAGAAUUCAAAACAGUCACAAGCGACGGAUCCGCCACAGACAUAUUUACUGCUGUGGACCAGCAACGACCUGACAAAACAGACAGAAUGACUAACAAAACUCACCUCAAGGAUACUCCAAACAUGUUAGAAGGUUCGUGUCAAGUGGACUCAGCAGAUGAUGGCGUGAGCAUUGAGAAGAAUGAGACACAGGCGCUCUCUGACAGACACAACGGGAGGACAAAAAUGAGUGGUGAUGUCGAAAUAAAGAGGAAAUUUUCUUUGGAAGCAGAGAAUGUUGAUUUACUUGAAAGACAGCCAUUCCAGGACAAAGAUAAACAUGAAAUUCAAUCCCCAAGUAGUGACAAAAUUAGGAGAGGUUGUGACAAAGUUUGCAAAGAAAGUGCUGGAACUGUUCGACACAAAGUAAGUCCUGAUGAGGACAGAUUUGAGGAUUUGGACAGAGCCGAUUCUUUAUGGACUACUCGUCCAUCAUUCACUGGGCUCCACUCGAAUUCAAGUCGUCCAUGGCUUCAGAGUGCCAAUAAGCGGGAUAGCUUACAGGGAGACAAAAAUAUCAGUAGAGGUUUGUCAAGAAGAAGUGUUUUACAAGAACCCAAUGAAGCCUCACAGACACCCAAAACAACAAACCUCAGAAACAACCAAAGAAACCCAACUUUCCAUACACCAUUGCUGGGAAAAGAAGAGACAGAAUGGAGUGAAACUGAAGGUAAGGAUAAAAUAUUGCAUACUCCCUUUGAUAAACCUUGUUUAUUAAGAUCUAGAGUGACAGCAUUUGACUCUUUCGACUGUGACACUGUUACUAAACCAACAAAUCCAGACACAGCUCUAGUCCCGUUGAGGAUUGAGGAGGACUUUGAACAAAAAGUAUUAAGCACAUUUCAUCCAGAUUUAAGCCAAAGCAGUACUUUGUUUCACAGUGAGAAGCAAAAUGAUGACAAAGGGGCAUUCACUGUCAUGGAAAAACACUCAACAGUCAUGUCAUCUGAGAGUUUAACUGAAUCCAGUGCUAAAAACGUCCCUGUUAGCAAUGCGCCUCACCCAGCCAAAAAGGGAGUGUGGGGAGCAGAAGCACCAUGUGUGAAAAGAGACACUGAAUCUGUUUAUCAAAAAGCUGUUCGGUUGAGAUCCACAGAAAGAAGGAAAGACUUUGAUGGUCAUCUUAAUGGAAGGCACAAUACUUCUUUACUUGAAUUAGCAGAGAGAAAUGGUAAAAUUCAGGGCAAAAGAGUCUGUAAUCCAAAGAUCUACAAGCUGGAUGACAUGAACACAGAAACAGAGGCCAAAGAGAAUUCUUCCAGCACUAAAUGUUUAGAUCAAAUGAUCCUAAAUCAUUACCAUUCUUUUUCUCACUCAGAUUUUGAUGCAGGUGGCACCGAAAGAGUCGCACAGACAGCUUCUUUGCAACAGGAAAAAGAGCCUCUCUAUUUCACAGCUGUGAUCACGCCACCACUUCAGAUUCAUACAUUUCCUGAUCAGGAGGAGAGGAAGUCAUCUGACGUCUCUCAUUUGUAUGUUCCUCGCGCUGAAAAACAGAGCAUGAUUACUGACAUCCUACCCACAGAUGCUCAGACAGAGAAAAAGGCCAAAAUCAAAGGAGCACCACCACCUGUUCCAAAGAAACCAAAGAAUCCCUUUAAAAAAGCCGUUGGCCGCAAGGAAUCUGCUUCUCAUUCCACAGAGGAGCCAAGCAAAUAUUCGGACCUACUGCUCAGAAAUAUUAAAAUGAGCAGAAGGCAGGCAGCACUACAGUCCGUUGAGGAUUUUAAUACGCAUGCAUCAUGUCUUGAUAUGUCAACUUAUUAUAUCGAUUCCCCAUUCUACAUGCGCAUGUCCUUAGAGCCUGAGGCUGCUGAUAUUCCAAGAUAUUAUUUAGUCCCGUAUGAUGAAACUGUUGCACCUGACUGCGAUAACUUGAUAGAAACUGUCAAUGAUAAAGAACUAAAAGAAAUGGAUAUGUCUCAGCUGAGACCAUUGUUAAAAAAAAGAGCAAAAAUGAAGGGCCCACCACCACCUGUGCCGAAGAAGCCUCAAAAUCCAUUUGCUGAAACAGACACUGAGAAGAACCAAGCAAGCAAAGACUCUGAUCUGGAAAAUGUGGAACAGCCUUUGAAAUAUGGUAGUAGACGUGACUCGGAAUGCUACAUGAUGGACAUGGAGGAUGAAGAAGACUCUAAACCCACCGCAGUCCCAACUAGAUAUCCUUACGCCGCCUGUCGAAUUCCAAGCAGUGAUUCUUCUGCUUCAGAGGAAAACGAACUGUCCAGAUACAGGCCCGUCUCUGAACUCAUCAGAGACAGCAACAAAAUCCAGAAGAAAGUGAUACAUCACAUCAGGACAAACAUAAUGAAAGCCGGGCCAGAUGUGACUGUGGGAAGCCAGAGUCUAAAAGUAUCGCAGAUGAAGACAGCCUUUGAUGUACAAACAUCUUCCCAUAAAAUGGAAAGAAGAUCCUCGCCAAAGAAAGAAAUGAUCAGACGAGUGGUACGACAGAGUAAAUUCCGUCAUGUGUUUGGUCAGGCGGUGAAGAAUGACCAGUGCUAUGAUGACAUUAGGGUUUCGCGGGUUACCUGGGACAGUGCCUUUUGUGCAGUAAAUCCCAAAUUUGUUGCUAUUAUUGUGGAGGCUAGUGGGGGUGGAGCUUUCCUCGUUCUGCCUCUGCAAAAGACGGGUCGUAUUGACAAGGCCUACCCCACUGUUUGUGGUCACACGGGCCCUGUGCUGGACAUCGACUGGUGCCCACACAAUGAUCACGUCAUCGCCAGCGGUUCUGAAGAUUGUACAGUAAUGGUGUGGCAGAUCCCCGAGAACGGCCUCGCCGCACCUCUUUCUGAGCCAGUCGUGGUCUUAGAGGGUCACUCCAAGAGGGUGGGCAUUGUGACGUGGCAUCCAACAGCCCGCAAUGUUCUGCUAAGUGCAGGAUGCGAUAAUCUAGUCAUCAUUUGGAACGUGGCCACAGGAGAAGCUCUGAUCAACCUGGAGGACAUGCAUCCUGAUGUGAUCUUCAGCGUCUGCUGGAGUCGCAACGGCAGCCUCAUUUGCACUGCAUGCAAGGAUAAGAAAGUGCGCGUUAUCGAUCCACGCAAGGGAAAGAUCAUUGCGGAGAAGGAUAAGGCCCACGAGGGGGCACGGCCCAUGAGAGCCAUCUUUCUGGCUGAUGGAAACAUCUUCACCACCGGUUUCAGUCGUAUGAGUGAGCGGCAGCUAGCCUUGUGGAAUCCAAAAAACAUGGAGGAUCCGAUAUCAGUGCAUGAAAUGGACACCAGCAAUGGAGUGUUGCUUCCAUUCUAUGACCCUGACACUAAUGUGGUCUACCUGUGUGGAAAGGGUGACAGCAGUAUCCGUUACUUCGAGAUCACAGACGAGGCACCGUUUGUGCACUACCUCAACACGUUUUCCAGCAAGGAGCCCCAAAGAGGCAUGGGCUACAUGCCUAAAAGAGGCCUAGAUGUCAACAAGUGUGAGAUAGCCAGGUUUUAUAAACUUCAUGAGAGAAAGUGUGAACCAAUUAUCAUGACUGUUCCUAGAAAGUCAGACCUCUUUCAGGAUGACCUCUAUCCGGACACAGCAGGUCCAGACCCGGCGCUAGAGGCUGAGGAGUGGUUUGAAGGCAAGAAUGGCGAACCGAUCCUGAUCUCGCUCAAACACGGUUAUGUUCAGGGCAAGAACCGCGACCUCAAAGUAGUCAAGAAAAAUUUGUUGGAUAACAAGGCACCCAAGAAGGUGGAGGAGCCAGCAACUCCCCAGAAACCUGCCUCUCCUCAGCUAACCAGAAAGAAUGAAGUGAAGUUAGAGGAGCUGCUGCGAGAAGUUAAGUCCAUUAGAGAUCUGGUCACGCUGCAGGACAGGAGAAUCACCAAACUGGAAGAGCGACUGGCUAAAGUGGGAAUCUAAGACACUGCUGGUGGUCUGAGCCAUAGCAUCAGUAUGGAGAAAGAGAGAUUCAGUUGGGCAGGGGGGGCAGUCACUGCCAAAAUUUCUCAAUUUGACUCGAUCAUUCCGCUUGAUGUUUCUCACAAGGACAACUUCAAGCAACAUUCCAAGAUGGACUUUUACUUUUUGUCAAGUCUCCCCCAAGCAUUCGCAUAGCAGAAGCAAAGUUGUGGCAAUGAGUGAUCACUGGUUUUAACUGAUGUUUUACAUUUUGUUAAAAAUUUUCUUACUUCUUUUGUUAUUGUAACAUUGUUUCCAUGAGUAUUCUGAUAUUAACCGGUAUGUUACAGAGUGUCAUUGUAUAUACACAUCAGUAUUUCUCUUUUCUUUUUUGUUGUGCUGCCAAAUUUGAGGUGAAUCUGUCACCUCUCCUUUUAUUUCUACUAUUAUAUGUUUUUCCCAGUUGUAGAUAGUGGCUUAUUAAAAAACAAGACAUCAGCAGAAAAA